AUGAGUUUCGAGAACGGUCGCAAGCAAUCUCUCGAGAUGAAGGAAGACAAGAAUGCGCCCGUCGUCAGCGAGGCGGACGCUGAGCUCGCUGAGGCGCUGAGGAACUAUGUGCCCGGCACGCGAGAGGAGAAGCAGCUGGUCAGGAAGAUUGACCUUUACCUGAUGCCGAUGCUUUGGAUCAUGUACAUCCUCAACUACGUCGACCGCACAAACAUCGGAAACGCAAAGAUCGCGGGAAUGCAAAAGGACCUCUCACUCACCGACGAUGGAUACGCCUGGGUCCUCUCGAUUUUCUUCUUCGGCUACCUCAUCUGCGAGGUCCCCUCCAACAUGAUCCUCAGCCGCAGCCGGCCCUCCAUCUUCCUUCCCGGAAUCAUGCUUGUCUGGGGCGCUCUCAGCGCCCUCAUGUCCAUCUCAAAGACCUACAGCGCCCUCCUCGGCUUCCGCUUCGUCCUGGGCUGCAUCGAGGCCGGCUUCUUCCCGGGCGUGCUCUUCCUCCUGUCGUGCUGGUACACCCGCGCCGAGCUCGGCAAGCGCUUCGCCAUCUUCUACACGGCCGCUGUCCUCUCGGGCGCCUUCGGUGGUCUCCUUGCCGGUGCCAUCACGGCCAACCUUCAUGACGCGCACGGCAUCGCCGGCUGGCGCUGGCUCUUCAUCGUAGAGGGCGUCGCGACCGUCGGCGUCGCGCUCAUUGCCUUCUUCGUGUUGCUCGACUACCCCGCCACCGCGAAGCAGCUCACCCCCGCCCAGCGCCAGCUCGCGAGCAUCCGUAUCAUCGCCGACGGCAUCGCCUCGGGCGGGCAGAACAAGGCGCGCCUGUCGCACUGGAAGGCCUUUGUCGCCGCCGUGUCGGACCCGCGGACGUACAUGUUCAUCGUGCUCUUCAUGCUCGACGUCGGCGCGGGCACGAUUUCGUACUUUAUCCCUACCAUCACGCUUACCCUGGGCUACGACACCGUCAAGGCGCAGUACAUGACGGUGCCCAUCUACGCCGUCGCCUCCGUGUGCCUCAACAUUGUCGCGUGGAGUUCCGAUAAGCACCAGGAGAGGCGGUGGCACGUCGCCGCGCCACUGGGCUUGGGCUUCGCGUGUGCUGUUGUGUGUGCUGCGGUGCAGACGCCCAUCGUGCGGUACGUCAUGGUUUGCUUCCUGGCGGCGGGUAUUUGGUCUGCGUUGCCGCUUGUCUUGUCCUGGACGAGUGGCGUUAUUAGCUUGCCGGCUGAGAAGCGUGCUAUUGUGUUGGCCAUGGUGAAUGCGUUUGGUAACUUCUCGAGUGUGUACGGAAGCCGUAUCUGGCCGAGCAAAGAUUCGCCGGCGUAUCACACUGGUUUUGGUGUUACGGCUGGGUUCUUGGGUGCGGGUAUGAUUAUUGCCAUUUUGAUUCCCAUUCUUGUCAAGAUGGUGAACUGGCAGGGAACCAAGGCAGAAAGAGAGGUUCUUGCCGAGAACGAGUUGGAGCAGUGA